AUGUUUUCUUGCAACAAAAGCGGUUGCUUGUCUGAAAGAAUAAGCGUACACAAGAAAGUUGUUUAUUACACUAUAUCGCUAUGUGGUAGAUAUCUGAUUUUGAAGAAUCAUCACCCACGAAUAAUAAGUAUUAUAAAAGAAGAAUCUGAAAUUCAUCAGGCAGAAGAAAUUAAUUCAAGUGCAAUCUAA